AUGUUCUUAACAAUCUUAUUGGGUUUCUCUACAUUUUUACUUAUAUUGGACUGCUUUAUAAGAUAUGGAAAAGUGGGAAAAAUCUCCAAUCAUAUUCCUGGACUAAAAGCAUAUCCGAUAAUAGGAAAUUUAUAUUAUUUUCAACUUGACCUUGGUAAGAACAAUUGGAAACCAAACCUUUCAAAAAUUUUGGAACAUGAAUUUCGCGUUAUAUCCAAUCCACAGAGUAUGAUACUUUUGAAGAGUACACAACAUCUAGAAAAAACUAUCCCUUCUUACAAUCUAAAUUUCUUUCAACUAAAAUUCUUACAACUUUGGCUUUCCACGGGAUUAGUAACCAGUGCAGGUAAAAAGUGGCAACAUCAACGAAAAAUGUUGACACCAACCUUUCAUUUUAAUAUCCUUAAACAUUUUGUCGUCAAUUUUAAGGAGGAGACACAAUAUCUCGUAACAUUACUGAAAGAAGAAGGAAAAGGGGGACCUAUUAUCAAAGAUUUACAGGAAUUUUUACCUGUACAUACUUUAAACGCGAUAUGCGAAACGGCUAUGGGAACCUCUUUAAGAGGAACGGGCGAAUUUGAAGCUAAAUAUCGCAAUGCCGUUCAUGAUUUUGGCAAAAUAGUGGUCUAUAGAUUAGCAAGACCUUGGUACUUUUUCGAUACAAUAUUUGCAUUAUCGCAACGUGGUAGGCAACAAAAGGAAUUGUUGAAAACGCUUCACGGUUUUUCGAAAAAGAUAAUAGCAGAAAGGAUACUAUUUCACGAACAAACUAAGGGGAAAUAUUUACAAAAUGUUGAAGAAGUGGAUGAGAAUCAGAUUUUUUCCAAAGAAACCGACGAAAAAAAUAAAAAUCCGAUUUUCAAAAAAAGACUGGCUCUGCUAAACCUACUUAUAGCCGCUUCACUGAAUGAUAAUCAAAUAGAUGAAGAAGGAAUACGAGAAGAAGUCGACGCUUUUAUGUUUGCGGGUCACGAUACUACUGCAAUGGCGAUGUGCUUUGGUCUGCUACUUUUUGCAAAGCAUUCUCAUCUUUACUAA